GUCCCCACACGUGCGAGCCGCAGGAUGUUUUUUUUUGGGUUCACCUGUUCUUACCAUAAUCAUGAGAAGUAGAAUCAAAAGCAAGAACAGAGUUUGGAUUCUAAGAUUGUUUGUUUGAGUUAAACACGACAAACUCAUCAUAUACGUGUGCAUUACAUUUCUUCCCUCUUUCUCCUCCUCUUCUUCUCUAUCUUCCCUCUCUCCGUUUUUUACUUGGAUUCCUCGGCUUUUUAGAUUCCGUUUCAGGUUUUUCCCAAUUCCAAAGACUCAUCAUCGUCAUCAUCCCUUUAUAGCUUCGAGGCUAAACCAAUGUACACACUGUGUUAAAGUGCUGCAGAUUCACUUGGGAGACUCGAGAGCUAUGUCUUCAUCUUCUCGUGUUCUUCCCACUCCCCUAGAAAACAAGUAUAUGAAACCCCCAGAUUCUUGUCAUCUUUCACCUGCUAGUGCAAAUCCUGUCUCAUCAAAUGCAAUCAGAAGUGCUGGCAAGAUGAUCUCAUCACCCUCUGAAUACCCUGAUGGCAUUGGCACCCCUUUUUCCUAUGCUUCACAGCAUGAUAGGCAAAAUGAAGAUCUCCCCUUUGUUUCUCAGACAUUGGAUGACAAUGUGUCUUCCGAAAUACACUCAACAACAUUCAUUUCUCACCCUCAUGAGAGCACAGAUAUCACCUGGGGACCAGAUCCAUUUCAAGAUAUUCUUAGCUUUCCCGAGAAUAUUUCUGCCCAGCAUGAUCAGGUUGUAGACAGUUCCUGUUACAUAAAUGAUGAUAAUGUCAAAAGAACCGAUUUUGGGGAGUGGGUUGAUCAGUUAAUGUCAAUUGAUGAUUCUCUUCACCCCAACUGGAGUCAGCUUCUUGGUGAUGACAAUGUUGCAGAACCAAAGCCAAAGGUUCCUCAGUUGCUGGAUAUACCAUCUGGAGAAGUUAAUGGCAAUUCAGGAGCAACCACACCACAGACUAAGACUAGAAUGCGUUGGACUCCAGAACUUCACGAGGCCUUUGUGGAAGCAGUAAAUCAGCUUGGUGGUAGUGAGAAGGCUACUCCAAAGGGUGUGUUGAAUCUGAUGAAAGUUGAUGGCCUUACCAUCUAUCAUGUAAAAAGCCACUUGCAGAAGUAUAGAACUGCCAGAUACAAACCAGAGCCAUCAGAAGGAACAUCAGAGAAAAAGACGACUCCAAUAGAAGAAAUGAAAUCUCUAGACUUAAAAACGAGUAAAGGGAUCACUGAAGCAUUACGAUUGCAGAUGGAUCUCCAGAAGCGACUUCACGAGCAACUCGAGAUCCAAAGAAAGUUGCAGAUUCAAAUCGAAGACCAAGGGAAACGUCUUCAGAUGAUGUUUGAGAAACAAAGAGAGAUGGGUGACAAGAAGGUUAAUGGCUCCUCCGGAGAGGCCGCCGCUGCCACCACCGCCACCGCUACCCCUUCUUCUCCUCCGGUAGAAACCUCAAAUGAGGAACGUGAGAAAGUCAUGCAUGAAGAGAAGAACGGAAGCACAAAGCAAAAAGUAAGUGAAGGUGAAGAAGUGAUGAAUGAAGGUGAAGAAGUGAAGAAUGAAAAUGAAGAUGAAGAUGAAGUUGGUCCAGCUACAAAACGGGUGAAAAGUUCAUAACAGUUGGAUUGUUUAACGGUUGUAGGAUAAUCUUUGGGAUGUAAUUCAUUGCCUAGAAUUGUUAAAUAUUCUUGGACUUGUUUGGACUCCAUGGAAGUUGUAGAAAUAUUAUUGGAUGUUUCAAAGUGCUUAUCGUCUUCUUUUUCCUUCUAAAA